AUGGUCCAGUCACGUAGCAUUUUGAGGUCUGACUAUAAUAGCAAACCUGACCCUGUUACAAUCGAACAGAAUACCUCCCUUAAAAUUCAAACUUUAGAAGAUUACCUGUCAAUGUACAAUCUCCCCAUAUCUCCGCCCUUUGGUGUUUUCACGGCUCCAGUUCAGGACCCUAGCACUCCAGAAGGUGAUAAUGCUGCUUUUCGUCUAAAGAGAGAAUCUUAUAAUGGCGUAACUGCUUCUCAGAUUACAAUAUCUGUUUUGUGUAAGUAUGAUCCCAAAGAUCAUCAUGCUAACAUAGCCGAUGCAACGAAAUGUCAACCUAUAAUCUCAGUCGCUGGAAACUCUAAAACCGGUGAUGAUAAAUCAGUAAAAAAUAGAAAAUCAAGAAAUGAAGAGUUAGAAAAAUUAGUAGAUAAAUUUAGUCCACCCUCUAAUAAAAAACAACCUCGCAAUGUAACAAAGGAUAUAAACGAAGACCCGCAAGAAGAAAGCUCCUCGAGGGCAAAAAGAUUGAAAUUUGCUAUAAACCAAGUCAACGAAAUUAAAGAAAAUGAGAAUGCAGAAGUUCAACAUAAUGCAGAAGUUCAACAUAAUGCAGUAGAUUUAACUCAAUCAGAUGAAAAUUCCGCUGAACACCUAUAUAUCACAGUUGAAACCGAUACUGACGGACUAUAUUCAGAUGAAGAACAACCAAAUAAUCUCGAUGAUGAAGACACGCCUUAA